UAUGGUUUGACAUCAUCUCCCUAGAGUAGUCGCAAUCGACUAAGCCCCGCAACAGAUCGGCGUGCCAUGCGAGCCGACGAUUGAAUCAAACUCUGCAGAGUGCUUUAUGAUUUGCAUGCAAGACUUUGCGCCGCUCAUACCGUCAAGGAUUGCCAGAUACUCGAUGAAAUAUAUCGUGCCUCUAUCCCCUGCGAAGUCAAGUAUAUGAUCUUUCAACAUACAUCCGUCAAGCAUCUUAGAACUGUCACAAGGAUUCUACAGAUUGGAUUCGUUCACGCAAUCUCUGCUAUCCAAACUCGACUCAAGCAAUCCUAGACAAUGCCUCAAACGCAAAUCUCACGCGCCUCUCGGAGCGGGGCACCCUCCAUUCAAGGCAAUAAAGCCAUUGCAAAUGCUUUUACCGGCAACAACGUGUAUAUCGACCCUGUCCUCAACGCGGAAGGCAUGUCGAUUGCCAAUGUCACUUUCACGCCAGGUGCCCGAACGCACUGGCACACGCAUGAAAAGGGUCAAAUCCUGAGAGUCGUCACCGGGUCGGGUUGGGUAUGUGAUAUUGGCGGACAGCCAGUCCGGAUCAAUGUUGGGGAUGUUGUCUGGUGCCCGCCAGGCACAAAGCAUUGGCAUGGAGCUGACGACCAUAGCUACAUGUGUCACCAGGCGACCUCUUUUGGCGGUGUUACCUGGGAAGAAGAGGUCGGUGAUCAAGAAUAUGCAAAGAAAUCGGGGUGAGAAUACAGACUGUGAACCCAGCUUCAUCCCAAAGAAAAUCGAGAUCAUUUACACCCAAAGUUUCGAGCUCCGUAUUACAUCCAAUUGGCCAAAUUUAGUUGUCUGAUGUCGCCACAGCAAGUCCGGAGCGUCCACAUAAAUGCCUCAGCUCGAGGGCCCCUCUGCAACUCGCAACUUACACGGAGGAAGAGGUCGCCACGUUGUGCUCGUUGGGUUUGCGCUAAUGCAGACUGCUUACGGUGGCGCCUGGUGUUUGCUACAGGCACUCAGAUGCUCCAAUCACAAUAAGUUCUGCUGUAGUAUGCGGGGAGCUUCACAUUGAUACAUAUUAAAUGCCUAUUUCGCCGACUUCUCAAAGAACUUCAACAGCUUGUUUAGCAUUCGAUUUCUUUCAAAUAUGUCGUUUUUCAACCGCCCUCCAAAGCCCGAUAAUCCGUUGGCAUACCACCGCAUCCUCUCCCCCACAGCAUCCGUCAAAGUCUCCCCUCUAUGCCUAGGUGGCAUCAGCAUUGGGAGCUCAUGGAGCGAAAUAUUUGGCAAAAACGAAAAUCCAGACUCUCUGCUUGAUGCCUACUACGCUCUGGGUGGCAAUUUCAUAGACACGUCGAACACCUAUAAUUGCGAGGAGUCUGAAAGGCUUAUUGGUGAGUGGAUGGAGAAAAGGGGAAACAGAGACCAGAUGGUUGUUGCGACCAAGUAUACUGCUGGCUACAAGGCGUACCAGAGAAAUGAACUUCCGUUACAGAGCAACUACACGGGCAAUUCGGCGAAAAGCAUGCAUAUCUCUGUGAGAGAUAGUUUGGCAAAACUAAGGACAGAUUACAUUGACAUCCUCUACGUACACUGGUGGGACUUUGCAACAUCAGUGGAAGAAGUCAUGACACAUCUUCACGCCUACGUCAUGGCGAAGCAAGUGUUGUACAUUGGGGCAUCUGAUACUCCAGCCUGGGUGGUUGUCAAGGCAAAUGCGUAUGCUCGAAGCCACGGCCUCACACCAUUUUCCGUGUACCAAGGUCGAUGGAAUGCCGCAUAUAGGGACAUGGAGGCCGAGAUCAUCCCCAUGUGCGAAGAUCAAGGUAUGGCGAUUGUGUCGUGGGCUUCUCUUGGAGGAGGACAGUUGAUGUCCGCGCAAGAAAGAGAGGCAAAAGUGAAGGACCCAGAUGUUCAUAAAGGGUACGGCUUCCGCGAAGCGGAUAUCAAGGUGUCCACAGCGCUGGAGAAGGUUGCGCAAUCGAAGAAGACCACAACUCAGGCAGUAGCACUUGCCUACUUACUACACCAGUCGACCUAUGUUUAUCCAAUUGUGGGGGUGCAGACGGUUGAACAUGUCAAAGCAUUGCCAGAGGCAUUGCGGAUUGAACUUUCGAUAGAGGACAUCGAAGCGAUCCAGGAUGCCGGAGACUACCAACCCCCGUUUCCCAUGAGUUUCUUGUUCCAGUGGACCGGAGGAGAAAAGUACCAUCUGGGUCUCACACCUGCAGAUGUUAGCCAAUAUCAGAUGGCAGCCUGGAUCCAGGCGCCGCCGAAACAACCGCCAUAUCAACCUUGGAGAGGACUAUAAGUAGUAUAUAGCCAUAGAAUUAUACUGCAUUUUGGGUACCA